AUGCAAACUGAUGAUGAGGAGUUGUUUCUUAACCCCUGGGAAGAUGUGUAUAGCCCUGCUAUAUAUUUAAUCACUAUUGAAGAAAUCUCCACCCCUGAAAUUAAUCAAAAUCCUAAACUUACCCCUGCUAAAAUAGUUAACAAGUUAGUAAAAGUGAAAGCCUUAAAUGAAGAACAACAAACAGAAGUGCUACUUAUCUUGAAGAAAUUUGGCAACAUAUUCACUACAGGACUUGACCAAUUGG